CGCGCAGUGGGCUCGUCCGCGAUUGGCUGCGCCGAGGCGGGAGCCUUGAGCUUCUCCGGCGGCGAGGGGUUCGCUGGUUGCCAGAAGUUUAUGUUUUGCAGGGUCAGUGGUUUCUGUCAGAUUUUCGCCGGUGCGUUCUGGACAGGGAAGCUUGGGAGGCUGUGACGGCCUGUAGGCUCGUGCGGGACAAAGCAGCGAGUGGUGCGGGAGCAGGCCUCUAAGGGAGGAGGUCACCACUACGGAAUAUGAGACGAUCUGCAGCACCAAGUCAAUUGCAGGGGAAUUCCUUCAAAAAACCAAAAUUUAUACCUCCAGGAAGAAGUAAUCCAGGUCUGAAUGAAGAGAUUACAAAACUGAAUCCAGAUAUAAAAUUAUUUGAGGGUGCUGCAAAUAAUAACACCUUUUUCCCGUCACAAAAUGAUCCUAGAAUAUGCAAUUUAAAUAUUCUGCCUACUGAAGAAAGUACUAGAGAAAUUAAUUGCAGAGAUAAUUGCAGUGGAAAAUAUUGUUUGGAAGCACCUACAAUGGCAACAUUAGAUCCACCUCAUACAGUUCAUUCAGCUCCUAAAGAACUACCAGUGUCCAAGGACCAAGAGGAAAAAUCUGAUAGCCUAGUUAAAUAUUUCAAUGUUGUUUGGUGUAAGCCUUCAAAGAAAAAACAUAAAAAGUGGGAAGGUGAUGCUGUUCUUAUUGUAAGAGGAAGGUCAUUUACAUUAAAGGAUUUCGAAGGCAAAGACAUUGGAAGAGGCAUUGGUUAUAAAUUCAAAGAGCUUGAAAAGAUUGAAGAGGGCCAAACACUGAUGAUUUGUGGAAAAGAAAUAGAAGUCAUGGGUGUCAUCUCUCCAGAUGACUUCAGCAGUGGCAGGUGUUUUCAGCUUGGAGGAGGAAGUACUGCUACCUCUCAUUCUUCUCUGGCUGCCAGGAAAUGUUUCUCUAACCCUUUCAAAAGCGUUUGUAAACCAAGUUCAAAGGAAAAUAGACAGAAUGAUUUCCAAAAUUGCAAACCACGCCAUGACCCGUAUAUGCCAAAUUCCCUUGUUAUGCCACGACCAGAUAAGAAUCACCAGCGGGUAUUCAAUAAGAACUGUUUACCUCUUGUGGAUGUAGUGAUUGAUCCUUACCUUGUUUAUCAUCUUCGACCACAUCAGAAAGAAGGAAUCAUAUUCCUUUAUGAAUGUGUGAUGGGAAUGAGAAUGAAUGGCAGAUGUGGAGCUAUUCUUGCUGAUGAAAUGGGUUUAGGGAAAACACUGCAAUGUAUUUCGCUCAUCUGGACCCUGCAGUGUCAGGGACCCUAUGGAGGCAAGCCAGUAAUAAAGAAGACACUAAUUGUCACACCUGGAAGCUUGGUGAAUAAUUGGAAGAAAGAAUUUCAGAAAUGGCUAGGAAGUGAAAGGAUUAAGAUAUUUACUGUUGAUCAGGACCACAAAGUCGAAGAAUUCAUCAAAUCUGUAUUUUAUUCUGUUCUUGUUAUCAGUUAUGAAAUGUUACUUCGUUCCCUGGAUCAAAUUAAGGAUAUAAAAUUUGAUAUUCUAAUCUGUGAUGAGGGACAUCGGUUGAAGAACAGUGCGAUUAAGACAACUACAGCCCUUAUUAGCCUUUCUUGUGAUAAAAGAAUAAUUCUAACUGGUACUCCAAUUCAGAAUGAUCUGCAAGAAUUUUUUGCAUUAAUUGAUUUUGUAAAUCCAGGAAUAUUAGGCUCUUUGUCAUCUUAUAGGAAAAUAUAUGAAGAACCCAUCAUUUUAUCAAGAGAACCUUCUGCUUCUGAGGAAGAAAAAGAGUUGGGAGAGAGAAGAGCAGCUGAACUUACUUGCCUUACUGGACUCUUUAUCCUUAGAAGAACCCAAGAAAUUAUAAAUAAAUAUCUUCCACCUAAAAUAGAGAAUGUAGUCUUUUGCCGACCAGUAGCACUCCAGAUUGAGCUGUAUCGAAAGCUGCUAAAUUCUCAGGUUGUCAGGUUCUGUCUUCAAGGAUUGUUGGAAAAUAGUCCUCAUCUAAUUUGUAUAGGAGCUCUUAAAAAACUGUGCAAUCAUCCCUGCCUUUUGUUCAACUCUAUAAAGGAAAAAGAAUGUAGCUCAACUUGUGAUAAAAAUGAAGAAAAGAGUCUAUACAAAGGCUUGCUAAGUGUCUUUCCUGCUGACUACAACCCUCUCCUAUUUACUGAAAAGGAGUCAGGAAAACUACAGGUGCUGUCAAAGCUCUUAGCUGUUAUCCAUGAACUUCGACCUACUGAAAGGGUGGUGUUGGUAUCCAACUAUACACAAACCUUGAACAUUUUACAAGAAGUAUGUAAGCGUCAUGGAUAUGCUUAUACAAGACUUGAUGGGCAAACACCAAUCUCUCAAAGGCAGCAGAUUGUUGAUGGCUUUAAUAGUCAACACUCUUCUGUUUUUAUUUUUUUGUUAAGUUCAAAAGCUGGUGGUGUAGGACUUAACCUUAUUGGAGGAUCUCACUUAAUUCUUUAUGACAUUGAUUGGAAUCCAGCCACUGAUAUUCAGGCAAUGUCCAGAGUAUGGAGAGAUGGUCAGAAGCAUCCUGUACAUAUUUACAGACUCCUAACCACAGGUACAAUAGAAGAAAAGAUCUAUCAAAGGCAGAUCAGUAAGCAAGGUCUUUGUGGGGCAGUUGUCGAUCUCACUAAGACAUCGGAACAUAUUCAGUUUUCACUAGAAGAACUUAAAAAUUUGUUCACCUUGCAUGAAAGUUCAUCUUGUGUUACUCAUGACCUGCUUGACUGUGAGUGUACAGGAGAAGUUCAUACAGGUGAUUCGUUGGAAAAAUUCAUUGUCUCUGGAGAUUGUCAGCUUGAUCCACAUCACCAGAAAUCUAACUCCCCGAAACUUCUUUCUAUGUCCCAGCUGAAGCAAUGGAAACAUUUUUCUGGAGACCAUUCAAAUCUUACAGAUCCUUUUCUUGAACGAAUAACAGAAAAUGUGUCAUUCAUUUUUCAGAAUAUAACCACUCAAGCUACUGUCACAUAAUGAACAAUUACUUCAUGACAUUUUCUUGCUCUUCUUUUAAAAAUUAGUAUGAUAAUUAAAUGUACUUUUUGAAAAUUAAUAGAAUUAUUUUAUUUUUGAGAUGGAGUUUCGCCCUUGUUACCCAGGCUGGAGUGCAAUGGCGUGAUCUUGGCUCACCGCAACCUCCGCCUUCUGGGUUCAGGCAAUUCUCCUGCCUCAGCCUCCUGAGUAGCUGGGAUUACAAGCACGCGCCACCAUGCCCAGCUAAUUUUUUGUAUUUUUAGUAGAGACGGGGUUUCACCGUGUUGACCAGGAUGGUCUCGGUCUCUUGACCUCGUGAUCUACCCGCCUUGGCCUCCUAAAGUGCUGGGAUUACAGGCGUGAGCCGCCACGCCCGGCCAAUAGAAUUAUUUAAAUUACAAUGUAUUUUGCAAAAUACAUCAUAGUUUUGAUACAAUAGUCAAAAUUGUUUGAGUGGUUUAAUUUUUUGUAAAUAUUGUUAAAUACUUACAUGAAAAAUUAAAGAUGUGCUUCUAUCAUCAUAUAAUUGUUAACAAUUCCUUGAGUAAUACACUUUUAUUAAGUAUCCACUGAGAAAUUUUUAUAAGGAGGAGCAAAGAAAUAUAAAAAGGUAAAAUUCUUAGUCUCUGUCUUUGGGAAAACUAAUCUGAUAAGAAAUAUUAGACAUAGAUAUUUGAAACAACUCAAAACUUGGUAAGUUUAAAAUGUAGCUCAAAGGAGAAAGAGAAUGAGAGGCUAUGAUUGCAAAUGCCAUAGAUGUUGGAUGUAAUAGUUGCUGCAGGGCAGUUUGAGUGAGAAAAGUCAGUAGGUUGGUGCAGGAGAUGAAAGAUUUGGGAACACUUUAGGGCACUAGUUCCUAGUUUGCGAUCUCAGACUUAUGCAGUCUAUAAAGCCAUGUUCACCAAAUACUGUUUAUGCACUGAAUAAAGGUUCAACUACCAUCCUUUAA